AUGAAAUUCUUGAUCACUACCUUUGUUCUUUUGGUAUCUGUUGCUAUCCUUGCUCAAAUAUCUCUUGUUUCAGGAGCUCUUCCUCAUUUCAUUCUUGCUGAAGAAAAAAGAAAUAUUCUACCUCGCUUACCAUUUUAUGGCAUGCCACGUGGACCACAUCAACCUAACACACCAGUUGUGACUAAAAAUCCGUAUAUAAAAUUCAAAAAUGAUUACCCUUGCGCAACGUUCGAAUUAAGAACUCGGAUAUUGGAAUUCAAGCAAGCGUUAGAUCAAACAACUUUGAAUGAGGUCGAAAGUUGCAUUGAUGAUGUUAUUAAAGGUACUAAUGAUAUGGAAGAUAUUACAAUCCAAUAUAUAUUAGCUGAAGAACAUAGCACCACGGACAAAGCAAAAUCGCACCACAAGACUGAACAUUGA